AUUUUUCACUAUCAGAGACCCCAGCUGCUCUUUGCACUAUAGCCCUAUCAUAAUGCGUGAAAUUGUACAUCUGCAAAUUGGCCAAUGUGGCAACCAGAUCGGCUCAAAGUUCUGGGAAGUGAUCAGCGAGGAACAUGGGAUCAAUGCAGCAGGCAUGUAUGUGGGAGACAUCCACGUCCAACUGGAGAGGGCCAAUGUCUACUUCAAUGAGGCACAUGGUGGUAAAUAUGUGCCCAGAGCUCUGCUUGUUGACCUGGAGCCUGGCACCAUGGACAGUGUCAGAGGAAGCCGCAUCGGGGACCUUUUUAGGCCAGACAAUUUCAUCUAUGGGAGCUCGGGAGCUGGGAAUAACUGGGCGAAGGGCCACUACACAGAGGGAGCUGAGUUGGUCGAGCAGGUGAUUGACAGAGUGAGGAAUGAGUGUGAAAGCUGUGACUGCCUUCAGGGCUUCCAGCUGGUUCACUCGUUGGGGGGUGGCACUGGCUCCGGCAUGGGAACCCUCAUUAUCAACAAGAUCCGAGAGGAGUUCCCUGACCGCAUCAUGACCAGCUUCAGCAUCAUGCCCUCUCCCAAAGUCUCUGAUACAGUGGUGGAGCCAUACAAUGCAACCCUCUCGGUUCACCAACUUCUGGAGAACACAGAUGAGACCUUCUGCAUUGACAACGAGGCCCUCUAUGAUAUCUGCUUCCGUACACUGAAGCUGACCACACCAACAUAUGGGGACCUCAACCACUUGGUCUGCAUGACCAUGAGUGGGGUCACAACCUCCCUGCGAUUCCCUGGACAGCUCAAUGCAGACCUGAGGAAGCUGGCUGUCAACAUGGUGCCUUUCCCUCGCCUCCACUUCUUCAUGCCAGGCUUUGCGCCCCUGACAGCUCGUGGCAGUCAACAGUACAGAGCCAUCACUGUGCCUGAGCUCACACAGCAGAUGUUUGAUGCCCGCAAUAUGAUGACGGCAUGUGACCCAAGGAGAGGGCGCUAUCUGACGGUUGCAGGUGUCUUCCGUGGUAGAAUGUCCACCAAAGAGGUAGAAGAACAAAUGCUCGCAAUCCAGCAGAAAAAUAGCCACUACUUUGUGGACUGGAUCCCACAUAACGUCAAGGUUGCCGUGUGUGACAUCCCACCACGAGGCCUCAAAAUGUCCUCCACCUUCAUCGGCAAUAACACAGCCAUUCAGGAGAUAUUCCGUCGUGUGGGUGAGCAGUUCUCCUUGAUGUUCAGACGGAAAGCCUUUCUUCACUGGUAUACUGGGGAAGGUAUGGAUGAACUGGAGUUCACCGAGGCAGAGAGCAACCUCAACGACCUGGUGUCAGAGUACCAGCAGUAUCAAGAUGCCACUGCUGAUCUAGAUUCAGAGGCAGAGGAGGUGGAAGAGGUGGAAGAGGAGGGGCCUUCAUCAAGAAUAACAACAAAUGUUCAGGUGCAAAUGGAACCUAAUUUGGAAAGAGUGGUGGAAACAAUUGAAGACACUGUAGAUGAGUAGGAGAGACAUGGGGUAUACAGUGUGGUGUGCAGGUUUGACACUUGCUGCAUGGAUGGAAAAAGAAUUGAUUGUUUGGAAAGAAAUACUUUUAUUUUGUAAUGGAUGGUUGGUUGAUUUAGAUAACAUUAGUUAAAAUGUGCUGGAACAUAUAGUAUUGAACAAUAGUGCUUAUUGUCUUUUAUGUAUUGUUGAAAUAAUUUUUUUGCAUUACAGUAUGUGUUGAAAAGUGUAAAUGAUCUUUUUGAUGCACAGCCAAUGAAAUUAUUAACAAUCCUUUUCUUUGGUUGUACACAAAAUAUUGUAUUGUAUGAUUUGUAUGUAAGCUAUCAUGCUAAUUAAAUAUAUGAAAACCAA